CGAAAUUACUCCGAAGCAUGCCAGGCAUGGUAACGUUUCAUGGAUUUGACAUAAAAAAUUGCGAAGAAGCGAUAAACUGGACAAUCGUGUCGCGGACUCGAUAGCAUUGCUGAAGACGCUAUGCAUACCGUGUUUCUGGUGUUCCUACAUUUGCACCCCGAUCUUUGAAGACGAAGACUACGUGCGCCCUACGUUGUCCAAUAAUGAGAACGAGUGCGAUUCCCGUCCUCCCAAAAAUUACUUGGACAGAGGAGACAGCAACGAGGUGCGCAGUCUUCCCAGGACCCAGAAGAGCUCCUCGAGGUCUUCCCAGGAGGUCUCCAGGACCUCGAGCACCCUCGUCGCCAUUCGGCACGAAAGACUUCUCCGGAGCCACCCCAGAAGACGCGACCAAAGACGUCUCCCUAAAAGAGGUGGUUCAACAUAUCCGCGACAACUGGCGGGAGUACGGUCCCUUCGUGAUGGCGGAGUGGAACAUAGGAAAUCGCCAGGAGUACGUGGACUACAUGCAAACCGACGGUGUUUUCGCAAGCGAGCUCGAGUGCACCGUCGCGACGAAGCUCUACAAGAUGAAUCUCUCGAUCUACCGGAAGAUCAACGAAAACGGGGACCUCAAACGCGUAUUUCACAAUCGGGUCAGCGGGAGUUUCGAGACGGCGAGGUUGCUCUUCACCGGGCGUUCCGACAGCGGACACUACGACGUCCUGUUCCCAGAUUGAAGCGACUUCAACAACCAUAUAAUUAAUCAAAUGUCGUCCCCCGUUUCCGAAAAAUUCCCGUAAAUUCCCCGUGACAUCCCUCGACCAGUCUACCUCGUGCAUGCCUCGGCAAACCCAUGU